AGGAUAGCUCCAGGUUUUGUAGUAGAAUAAGGGGAACUCCAAGCAAACGCUUAGGAACACCACAUCUAUUCACUCUGUAGCUCUUCACAUCAACAGAGUCGUCAAAGAUUCAAACACACAGAAGAUGACUUCAGGUCAAGAGUGAAGUGUCUGGUCCUCUUCACCUCCGGACCCUCCAUCCGAUGCUCCUCCAGAUCUCAAUUAACCAACAGAUAAUCAACAAAAAGAAGCAUGACUUCGCGAUUUUGCUCAGCGAAGUCGGACUUAUCUAUCGCAGCUCUUUCGUUGCGCUCGUUCUGAAAUGCUUCGAACUGGUGGAUAGGAGAGGACGUACAUCAAAUGAAGCCAUGUUAAAAUUUUACUUGCAUGAACAGCGUGAGAUGUGUGGGUGAGAAUUCAUCAACUCGAGGGGGAGUAAAAUGUCGCGACUAAAAAGUUAAAUCCAUAAGACGCGAGGAUUUUCCGAACGACGUUCUUGGAAAAAUCACUGUGUGACUUUUGAAACCCUUGACAGAAAGUACAGCUGACAGGUUGGAAAUCCAAACCGUAUUCGUGUCGCGUUGCCACAAUCGUACCAGUUUCCAUGGUGGACCUUAGUAAAGGAGGUCCAUCAGCUCCGAUUGAACAUGGGAUCAGCGAUUCCGUGUUCAUCGUCCCCGGAAUUCUCGUCGUUUGUGCAGUCUAAGAGGACGGAAGGGCAAGUUUCGGCUUGGGUCCGUUUUUGCCUCGGGUGGCCGUGGUGAACCUGGUACCAAACAACAACGUCGUCCGUGGCACCAUCCGACUCAGCCAAGCAACGGCUUUCUCAGAUGUUCAAAUGACGGGGUUGAUUCGCGGGCUCAGAGCGGAGCAAAUAAUCAAUUUCCAAGUCAGACGAUUCGGGGAUGUGAGCAACAAUUGUGCCAAGCAGGGAGUCGUCUACAACCCAAACCAGAUGCACACUGGCGGAUUCCUAAUUUUGGAGACGGAGGCCGGGGAAGAAGGGAUUUUGUCACUGAACCACAGCGCGCCUUCAGUGCGGGCAAGCCUGUGGGGGCCAGGGAGAUUAUCCAUCAUCAACAGAUCAUUGCGGAUUGCCACGGGUGCAGAAAAUGCAACUGGCACGAUCCUUGCCUGCGGUUUUAUCACGGAAGUUGCACCGAUCGCAAAUACAAUCAAUGCAGCAAGUGCGCCGGGAGUCAUACCCGAAAAAUGA